AAGGGUUUGUCAGAAGCGGGAAAAUGGAAAAGGAAAAGAAGCUGCAGCAGCAACUUGUAGAAAUGGGUUUCUCAGAGAAGUUAGCUUCUCAAGCACUUUCCCUUCAUCCCGAUUCCAUUUCCACUGCCGCUGAAUGGAUUCUGACCAAACAAUCAUCAUCAUCCGUCCUUCACACCAAACAAACCACACUCGAUCACCCCAAAAUCAAUUCUUUAUUUCGUUUCAAUUCCCAACCCUCCUCAAAGAAAAAGUCACCGCCGCCGCCGCCGCCGCCACCGCCACCGCCACCUAAGAACAAAUCGGAGGAAUCACAGCCUCAACUCAAAAAAACAAAAACCACCGCCCAUCGGAACGAAAAACCCCUUUCGGAGCGUAUGCGUCCUCGCACAAUCGACGAAAUAGUGGGCCAAGACCACCUCCUCGCCCCUGGUUUUCUCCGGUCUGCAGUUGACUCUGGUCGUUUGCCAUCGUUCAUCCUUUGGGGCCCCCCUGGUACUGGUAAGACCUCCAUUGGCCGAGCCAUUGUUAAUUCUUGUCCGUCUUAUCGAUUCGUAUCUUUGUCUGCUGUUACUGCUGGUGUUAAAGAUGUUAGGGAUGUAGUCGAUGAAGCAAGAAAACGACAAAAAAAUGGUAUUAGGGGUCGAACCGUUCUGUUUGUAGACGAGGUCCAUAGGUUUAACAAAUCACAGUUAGACUCUUUCUUGCCUGUUAUCGAGGAUGGAACUAUUAUCUUGGUAGGCGCGACUACUGAAAACCCCUCCUUUCAUUUGAUAACCCCAUUGCUUUCCCGUUGUAGGGUCCUUACCCUUAACCCCCUUCAACCCGAUCAUGUUUCCACUCUUCUUAGGCGUGCUGUAGUUGACCCCGAAAAUGGUUUGACCCAGAGUUUAAGGUUUACUCCGUCAUCCAUACAAGUCAGCGACCAGGUCAUUGAAUAUCUAUCACAAAAUUGUGAUGGAGAUGCCCGUGUCGCACUUAAUGCCUUGGAACUCUCAGCUGUUACUUGUGCUGCCCGUUUAGAUUACAAACCAGGUUUUGAUUCAGAUUUAGAUCCGGAUCGGGAAAAAGUCGUUGAUGUCAUUCUGAGUGUCACAAUGGAUGAUGCGAAACAAGCAUUGCAGAGUAAACACCUUUCAUAUGACAAAGACGGGGAACAACACUAUAAUCUUAUCAGUGCACUCCAUAAGUCGAUGAGAGGAAGUGAUGCAGAUGCGUCUAUAUAUUGGUUGGCAAGGAUGUUGGAAGGUGGGGAACAACCUCUCUACAUUGCACGUCGGCUUAUACAGUUUGCUAGCGAAGACGUUGGAUUGGCUGACACCUCGGCUCUCACCCAGGCUGUUUCCUGCUAUCACGCCUGCCAUUUUCUUGGAAUGCCUGAGUGUGAUAUCAAUUUAGCUCAGUGUGUUGUUUACCUGGCACUUGCUCCUAAAUCAGUAGCUGUAUGGAGAGCAUUAGGGGCUGCUAGGAAGGCUGUGAAAGAUUCGGUUGGGCAAAAUGAAGGCGUGCCUUUACAUCUUAGAAAUGCACCUACCGGGCUGAUGAAAGAACUUGGAUACGGAAAAGGUUAUAUCUAUCCUCCUGACAAUCCUUCUGAAUAUCAGUCAUAUUUACCAGUUUCACUCCAAGGUUCCAAGUUCCUUCACUGGCCAGACAAAUGUGAUGAUGAUAGAUAAGCUGAUUGACAUUGGCGUGCUUGAUAUUUUUUUUGAAGUUGCAAACUAGUCUAAUUCUUUUGAGACUUGCAUGUAAAGAAGAACAAUGGUAGAUGGCAAUAUAAUCAAUGUGUUAUGCUGCAACUGAAGUUCUUAUUUGGCUAAUGUGUUUCUUUGUUCCUUAAUUUACUAUAUUGUAUUAUGGAUAUCCAUCUUUUGGAAUUUUAUUAAUGCAAUGCGUAAAGGGAAGCAGCUAUGAAUA